AUGUAUUUGACCAUCAUUUUCAAUCUGGUCCUGGCCGUAUCUGCCUUCAGCAGUGGCGACCGGGCGCAUCUGGAUGUGAGGGACAAUGACAAAGGUAGCUACUCGCCUUGCCCAGACUGUCCCAUCUUCGUCUACACGUCCUGGAGGGAUCUCAUCCUCCAUGGCGACUGCCGCUCGUCGGUCCAGCUGACCUCGUCCUCGGGGCAAACUGCAGAGAUCCGGUGCAACGUGGAGGAAGGCCGUAAGGUGUUCCGAUUCCCACCUGGCAUCUUUGAGAUUGAUGAGCAAUUGUUGAUUCCUGCCAGCUGCUCAAUCGUGGGUGCUGCCAGCCCAAACGACAUGGCGAAUCCCAAGAAGACUCCAGACUGGAAAGGCCAGACGUUGUUUCUGGCUACACGUGGAGUCAACCGCUAUGACAUGGUCUAUUGCCACGCCAAGGACAUGGUCACCACCAGAGUUGGUUUUGUGCUUAGUAGCAAGGUCACCGUCAAGGACAUCAGCUACCAAGGCGUGGACACCAUCCGCCCGGACGACAACGGCGCCCUCUGCGGCGGCGGGGCCUUCGAGACCAAGGGCUGCGCAGAGAACGACUGCAAGGUCUCCCAGGUGAACACUGGGGGCUCUGAUGGAGAAGGAUCCAUGCACGUGGUCAUAGAGAAUGUGCGCAUUAAUGAUUUCUUCUUUGCAGAGGACCAGAAGAAGAUCGGUUUUCCGAUACCUGGAAACUACGACUGUAAGACGGAUCACUGGACAGAAGAGUGCUGUUUCUGCAAGCCAAAUGGCGUUCGCUCCACGCAAGUCGCUGUUUGGGUUCCUGAAAGUCGCAAUGCGGAAGGAACCGUCGACAUUUUGAUCAAACAUUUGGUCGCAACAUCUGCGCAAGCGGAUGGCAUCAACCUGCAUGGGAACAUCAAAGGUGCCUUGGUGCAUGACGUGUACAUCGAGAACACUGGUGACGACACCCUGGCGCUUUGGGGCGCAGAGUCCUUCCCAGAGCAGAUCACCUUCGCGAACGCGGUGGCGGUCAACCCUGGGAUCAUGCGGCCCAACUGGUAUGGGAAUUGUGUGGCCACCUAUGGGCUCCGAUCGGUGAUUUUCGCCAAUAUCACCUGUGAAGCUCCGACGCUUGAGCAGCCCAUUCCACAACCCGGAGGUGGUGAAGUGAAUAUCGACACCUCUAUGUUUGUGUUCUACACCAGCUUUGGUGGCAGUUAUCCGUCUGGCAAUUCCAUCUACAUCAAGGGUUGGAACUUCAAGAACCUGCAGGGCACGGGGCAGGUACACCGUUCAAGAAGGUUCUUUGAACACCUUCAAGCCUGGAAAGAUGGUUUGGACAAAGGCGGAGAAUGGGAUUCUAGCGCCCUUCUACUUGCCCGACAAGAAGCAAGAGGUGAACGUGAUUGCAUGCGAAGGACUGAAGGAUGA